AUGGCGAAUGAUUUGAAAAGGUAUCAAACGAAGUCAAUCACACCUGUCGAUGAGUAUGUAUGCACAUUAAGCAAUGAAUUACAAAAGGUAGCAGCUAAUGAAAUCAGAGAAACAGAGAAAAUUCGAAUGCACAGCAUAAAGGCAUUAAGAGAUUGGGUGAUGGAAAAUCAAAGAAUAAUCAAGUGUCGUUUAGACAGCGUGGCUUUAUUAAAGGUUCUCAGAGUAAAGAAAUUCAGCAUUCCAUUGGCUCAAGAAGCAAUUGAACGGCAACUUUUAUUCCGAGAAGGACUUUAUGGAUAUGACUUUUAUUCAAACAUUGAUCCAUUGAAGCCUCAUGUCAUGGAGAUGUUGGAGAAAGGAUUAAUUACAGUACUUCCAAAACGUGAUGAAAACAAAAGAUUGACAAUUUACAUCAGAUGGGAAUUAAUGGAUCCUGCAAUUCCCGAAAUUGGAAAUGUUUUCUUGUCAUUAGCAACUAUUUUAUUGGAACUGCUUAUAGACGACGAAGAGAAUCAAAUUCGAGGUUUCAACUACAUUUUUGAUCUUAGUGGAGCGAGUCUUAAGCAGCUGAUGAUCUUUCCAAUUGACGUGUGGUUCAAAAUUGGCAAAAAUUGUGAAAAAACAAUCCUCAAUCGUCAUAAAGCUUUCCAUUUCCUCAAUGUUCAUCCAUCAGCAAUGUUUUUGAUAAAAUUCUUCAUGAAGCACAUGCCAGAAAAAUUAAGAAAACGAGUCAAGCUUUAUUCAACAAAUUUAACUGAGUCUGGGAUAGUUCCAUUGGACAAUAUUCCUAUUGAAUAUGGCGGUACGAUUCCUUUGAAGUCGAUUACAGAUGAAUGGAAGGAACUCAUCCUCUCCAAAAAGGAAUUCUUUGCAAAUUACAACAAUAUCAAAAUCAAUCAAGCUUUAUAUCCACAGAAUUAUCUAGAAUGUUCUGUCGAUAGUUUGAAGAUUCCAGUUAAUCACUUGGAUUUCAAUAAUGACAUAAAGUCAAAGAGUGGAUACGCCAGCGGAGGAAUUAUUGGUAGCUUUAGGAAGCUCGAGAUUGAUUAA